AUGGCCACGCACGGGACUCACAACCACGCCGUCGUCCCUCCAACGGACUUGGAGAAGGAUGUGCACACGUCUGGUGCCGACCACUACAAUGGCGCCAAUGGUGCUCAAGUACCCCAAGACGCACACGCACGACACAACGGGCCUUUCACCCGCGUUGCCGACUACCGGAACAUGACUGAAGGGCAAGCGCAGGCAUUCGGUGGUUCCCUCCAGCCCGGUCUGUGGAAGCCAUACGAGCACAGGAAGUUCGCCAACCCGGCGCCGCUCGGCCUCUCGGCCUUCGCCCUCACGACUUUCGUCCUUUCCUGCGUUAACCUGCAGGCCCGCGGCGUCAAGGCCCCCAACAUCGCCGUUCCCCUCGCCUUUGGCUACGGCGGUCUCGUUCAGCUCCUCGCGGGCAUGUGGGAGAUGGCUGUUGGCAACACCUUUGGUGCCACUGCUCUGUCGUCCUACGGCGGUUUCUGGAUCGCCUACGGCAUCCUCUUGACUCCCGCCUGGGGCAUCAUCGCUACGGACGGCCCGUACGCGGCCAACUACUCGGACCACUACUCGGCUGUCGGCUUCUUCCUCACUGGCUGGUUCAUCUUCACGUCGCUGUUGCUCCUCUGCACCCUCCGCUCGACGGUUGUUUUCUUCUCCCUCUUCUUCACCCUCGACCUCGCCUUCCUCUUCCUCGCCUGCGAGAACUAUGCCGCCAACAACGGCGCCUUGACGGCCUCGCGCAACCUCCAGAUCUGCGGCGGAACGUUUGGCAUGCUCGCCGCAUUCCUAGCAUGGUACUGCGCUUUGGCGGGUCUCCAAGAUGACAGCAAUUCCUUCUUCCAGGUCCCCGUUUUCCACCUUCCGUGGUCCGACCAGGGCAAGGAGCUUCGCAAGGCCAAGAGCAACCGCUCCGUCGCUUAA